AUGACGGGGAUCGUUAACUAUGAUCUCAUCAUUGUGGGUGAGUACGGUAUUAAGAACCACGGCAAACCUAUUCCUCGUUUUGAAAGGCAUAUUGCCUCUAUCAGUUCCUCGUGUACCAAUAAGAAACCAGUUGUCCUGACAGACACCAAGCUCUGCGAAACAGCCUUAAAAUGGGACUUAGAUUAUUUAGAAGAAAACUUGGGCACUGAGCUCUAUAUGGUAUUUCUUUCUAAAAAUCAUAAGUUUAAGUAUUAUGAUGAAGCUAAGAUUAAACCAUGCAAAAUAAGUUUUAUUCCACCAAUUAGAAGAGUAGACAUGACAUUCUCAGAAUUUGUAAAAAAACUUCGAGAGUGGAAGCCUGGAGAUGAAAGAGCAUACCUGCAACAGGGUCUCAACAAUACAGUUGGGCAAGGGAUCGUGAUGGAUUUCUUACAGUUUAAUUGGCAGUGGCUUAAUGUUCAACAGAAGAGACACAACUGGGGUCCCCUCACAUCAAACCUUCUACUUGUUGGAAUGGAAGGUAAUGUGACUCCAGUGCAUUAUGAUGAACAACAGAACUUCUUCUGUCAGUUGGUUGGUUACAAACGGUGCAUACUCUUUGCACCCGAGCAUUACGAGCACCUCUACCCUUAUCCAGUAUAUCAUCCACAUGAUCGACAGUCUCAGGUUGACUUUGACGAGCCUGAUGCUGAAAAGUUUCCUGGUGUGAAGCAGCUUGAAGGAGUGGAGGCUGUAGUAGGACCUGGUGAUGUUCUCUAUAUACCCAUGUACUGGUGGCAUCACAUAGAGAGUUUACCCAACCUUAGUCACACUGUGUCAGUCAACUUCUGGUACAAGGGUGGUCCAACAGAGAAGAUAGAGUAUCCCCUCAAACCACGACAAAAAUUAGCAGUCAUGCGCAACGUUGAAAAGAUGCUACUAGAAGCCCUGAAGGAGCCAGCAGAAGUGGGGCCUCUUCUGCGGGCAUUAGUGAUUGGCAGAUACACUGGUGAAGAAGCUGAGCUGCAAGAAGGAAAACUGUAAUUUGGUGCUACAAAGGCUAGUGAUUUAUUGUGUAAUUUUACAUGGUACCUGUAAUAAGCCAGUGGAGUUGUAUGUCAUACAGGAUUUUAUAUUUUUUUUGGUUAUGUAGUUUGGUCCUGUCUGAGGGCAAUGUGUGUUGUGAAUAUAAUGCAGAGAAUCCAUAGUUUGGAAAUUAGGAGGAGGUGCAGGAUUACCAAAACUGUUAUCCAGAGGGCUGAGGAGGGGUUAUUGAGAUGGUUUGGACAUGUAGAGAGGAUGGAAUGAAAUAGAAUGGCUUUGAGAGUGUAUAAAUCUGUAGUAGAGGGAAGGCGGGGUAGGGGUCGGCCUAGGAAAGGUUGGAUGGAGGGGGUUAAGGAGGAUUUGUGUGCAAGGGGCUUGGACUUCCAGCAAGCGUGUGUGAGCGUGUUAGAUAGGACCAAAUGGAGACAAGUGGUUUUUAGGACUUUACGUACUGUUGGAGUGUAAGCAAGGUAACAUUUAUGAAGGGAUUCAGGGAAACCGGCAGGCCGAACUUGAUUCCUGGAGAUGGGAAGUACAGUGCCUGCACUGUGAAGGGUGUUAAUGUUGCAGUUUUAUAACUGUAAUUUAAGCACCCCUCUAGCAGAACAGUGAUGGAGUGAAUGGAGUGAAUAAUAGUGGGAAAUGACCGAUGUGUUAAUAAAAACAAAAUAGUUUGUGGAUUACUGAUUUGUAUUAUUUACUUUUUUAUUGGAGAAAGAUUCGGAGGCUUUAUAAAUGGAACCAGAUACUUCAGGAUCUUGCAGUAUGAUUUGAUUACAGUCUGUCCUUAUUAUCCUAAAGGAGUUUUUAUAGCAAUUCCUUUCAAAGUUUGCCUGUUGAUACAUGUAGCUUUUGAAAAUCUUGUUAGUAAUAAUUCUGCUUUUGGUCACACUUGAAGCCUCAUUGAUGGGCUUUGUAUACUAGGCUUAUACAUACAUAUACACUUUAGGGUUGAAAAUCUGAUAAUCUGUCUUUACCAGUAGCAGCUGUGGCAAUCAAUAGUGCAGUUGUCAACCUUGACAACUAGGAUGCUGGUUAAAGCUUUGAUCAUCAAUGGUGCAGUUGUCAACCUUGACAAUGAGGUUGCUGGUUAAAACUUUGAUCAUCAAGAGUGAGUGAUGGUAAAUGUUUUCUCUCCUGGGUCACACUUCCUAAAUGGGACUAACAGAUGAUUUUAUAAAGCCUAAAUAAAUGCAGUCUGCUCAUACAUCCCCUGUGUAUGAGUUCUGUGGCUGUCAUAAGGGUUAAUAGCUUUACUAAAGCAAGAUCUUGCUGAUCUGAGGUCAACUCUGUGGUGCUGUUUUUCCAUUUAUCACUAGCUUCUAAUACUGUCAUGAGUAUUGUCCAGAGGAAAUGAAUAUCCACUCUGUGGGUAUUCAUUUCUUUGGCACAUUUCUGUUCAAACUCAGGGAUAUCUCCCUGUUUGGGUUAGUUCAUGUGGCUCAAAUGGAAGACUUGUUCUGAGCUUAUAUUUUAUUAAAGGUUUCUUGUGUACAUACUGAAAUUUUCUUUUAGGUAUCUCAUUUUAAUUCCUCUUAGGCUGUAAUUUGGUAUCUUUAAAUGAGUCAUGGGAAUAUUAUGAAGGAUUUUUUCUCAGGGCAUUUUAAGGCAGUGGAAGUAGUGAAUGCACAGUUUUAAGAAUAGAUAAUAGGACUGAAGAGGCCAGAAACUAGAAGCAUUGUUCAGUGAAGAUCAGGAGGUGAGGCCAAGAGCCAAGACUCAACUCUGCUAACAGUAGUCUGUGAUUCAGCAAGUGUGCACACAUUCAUGCAGGCAUGCACCUUAUAUCCCUGUGAGCUGUCAAAAAUAGGCUGUUGUUUUUUAAAACUCCAUUAGCUUGAUAAGGGUAAUGAGACCCUUUGUUGCACUUCUCUCUCUUAUUCUUGUUUUGAUCAGAAAUUUUCCAUAAAAUAAUUAUCCCCAAAGUCUUUAUCGCAUCAUUAUUAUAUUAACAAAUUAUUGUACAGCCAAACCAUCAAAUUUGUUUAUAUUCCUGAAUGCAGAAUUGUCCCCACAUUAAAAAAAUGUUCAGAGUUGAGCUAACGUUGUGAUUGAAAGGCCAUAUCUCGCUAAGAUAUUUUUGCUGAUCUCAGUAACAUUGCCAUUUCUCACCAGAGUGAGAAAUAUGGAGGAAAAUGUAAAAUAAACCCAGGGAAAAUCGGGGAAAGUGGGUUUAGUGCUUUUUCUUUUUUUUUAACUUCGGCCAUCUCCCACUGAGGCGGGGUGACCCAAAAAAGAAAAAAAAACUUUCACCAUCAUUCAACACUUUCAUCAUCAUUCACACCUGACAGCUGUCUUUGCAGAGAUGCUCAGAUAAGACAAUUCAGAUGUCACUCCAAACAGCCAAUAUCCCAAACCCCUCCUUUAAAGUGCAGGACUCAAGUCCGGCUAACCGGUUUCCCUGAAUCUCUCCUCAAAAUAUUACUCUCCUCACACUCCAACAGUUAGUCAGGACCCAAAAAACCAUUUGUUUCCAUUCACUAUUAUCUAACACACUCACACAUGCCUGCUGCAUGUCUAAGCCCCUUGCACACAAAAUAAUGAAAAUCAAGGGUGUCAUGGGCACAAUAAGAGAACGUUGUAUUAACAUCCACAGGCCCUAGCUAUUCAACAUCCUAUGAUACCAGAAACACUGCAGGAACAUGUGUGGAAGUCUUCAAAAGGAAUCCUGACUAGUACCUAGACCAAAUUCCAGAUCAGCCAGGCUGUGAUGAAUGUGCAGCCCAGCAGGCAACCAGCAGCAACAGCCUGGUUGACCAAGCAAGUACCAGACGAGCCUGACCCAAAGCCAUGCUCCAUGAGUAGGAAAACUAUCAAUACCCAUGAAGGAUAUUUCAUUAGAAUGACAUGAAAGAAGAGAGAGAUUUGAGAGUGGGACAGAGAUUGAUCACAUUUUGAAUAAAAUCCAUUGGUUUCCAAAAGAAAAGUAUAAACAUGCACAAAUAAAGCAAAAUCAUCAGAGCAAUUGUAAGUAAGAAGUUGAAUAAUUGAAUCCUGCAGAUUAUAAAGGCUGCUAAUUAGGGUGUUUGUAUACAAAAUAUUGAGCAACAUAAAUAUAAAAUAAGUAUAUACACAAAUCUUCAAUGAAAUGUGUCUGCAAUUUCUAGGUACAGUAAUAGUACAGACCCAGAAUUAUAGAUAAUUUAGUACAGAAAAAUAUAUAAGCAAAGAGACUCAGCUACCUUAAUCUGCUGUAUUUUUCUCUUGUGCAUAUGCUAUAUUUAUUGGCGGUAGCCCUUUCAGGGGUAAAAAAAAAGAAAUGGCAGUAUAGGGGUAUCUAAGGACAUGUGAAGACAGAGUAGGCAGUGGCUCUGUUAGACCAUGGCAGUAGUGAUCCCUGGCUUACUGUUGCUUGGCUUGGUCUGUCUGUCCUUUUUUAUAUUAAAAUUUAUACAGUCUUGAGUUCAUCUCCACUUCUUCCUUUCCCAGGACAUCAUGCUUGUGCAUCAUCCUCAUAAUGGAGUUCUUUCUUACGUCUUGGUUUGACGUUCGGUUCAUACAUUAUUUAUAGUUUCUUUACUGUGGUCCCACUUUCAAAAAGUGACUUGAUCCACUUUGCCAGUAACAUUAUUUUCAACAGUGUGACCGUGUUCCUGCGGCUUCUCCAUCUGUGUGCAUUUGUGAAUGAGCAUCAGUAAACAGAUGAAAGAGGCAUUCGUUUGUGCACAUGAAUAGAUAGGCAUUCACCAAAAUGCAUUUGUGUAUGCAAGCUCUCUCUUUACUUGCAGGUUAUACUGUUAUAUAUAUACAUACUGUAUACUUUAGUAUGUAUAUGUAAGGCAUUGUGGACAGUACAGUGGCAGUGAUGUUUUGGUCAUCAGGAAACAAGCAUACCUUCCCUAACAUGAGUCUUUGUGGAAUUAUGACUCAGUGGCUUAGCAUCUGCUGCCCUGCUCCAGCUAGAUCCCACAAUCCAUUUAAAAAGCAAAGGAUAAUAAGGAUAUGUUUGACAUCUUAAAAAUGGCCUUUAAACAAAGAAUUAUAAUAUAUUAUUACUGUUUGUUUAUUAGCAUAAAUGUUAUUUUAAGGCAUUGUUUGCUGAAGUUCAAACAUCACAAUGUUAAUGGUAUAUAAUGCCAACAAGAUGAUGAAUUAUACAAGUGUGCAACACCUGGCUAUCUGUUUUGAGACAUUCCACCAACCAGUGGCUUUUUCAAUUCAAUACAGAGUCUGUUAACCAGAGACCAUGGAAGAUAAGGUAAUCAGUUCAUCAGCCUUAAAGGUGUUUAUUACCUUAGCUUGUAUUAUUAUAUUCAUGAGGGAGCACUAAACCCAUAGGGGUCAUACAGUUCCUAGGUGACUGGGAGGCAUUCAGGUUAAGUCCAAAGAAGAACACAGGCCCAAUUCCUUCAACCAAGAGUCCCUCACCAGCAUCAGGGAACCUCCCUUGAGAGGUCUUAGUCUCAAGUUUUUCCUUACCUCAUACAAUGCCCCAUAUGGGGGCAACAGCAGUUCUAUCCUAAACAUGCAUAAACAUUUUUUUGGGCUUGUAUGUACAGUAAUUCUUAUUCGUUUCAGAAAAUGUAUCCGUCUUCUGUUUGCUCUUCAAAAAACAGUCUUACCUUGAUGCAUUAAUGAAUUUAUUGUUAUUUUAGGUUAUUAUUGGUUAGAUUUGGUUAAUAUUAACCCACCCUAACCAGUGAAGAGUGUAUAAAGGCUUAGUCAUACAUGUAUAAUGUAUAAAACCUUUGUUGGUAUUAAGAGGACUGGUUGGAAAUGCACACAGUCGGUUGGAUCAUGCUGGAGGUUUCCUUUACUGCUGCUUUUAUUUCUUGAAUGACUUCAAAUAACUUUUCUGUUGUAAUUUCCUACAUGAACAAAAAUUUUUGAGAAUGAGAUAAAUUCUUAAUAUUAUUUUUUUUUAAUUAUGCCAAUUUGUUCAUUAAUUAUACAUAGUUGUAAACUACACUGUUUCAUAUAUUGUGCCCUCUAUGAUAAUUUUUUUGGGGUAUAAGAUGUGACAACCAUUUUAUGUCAAUUAUGAUAGUGUUUUAUGAAAGGUAAUAUGGUAAUACAUUGCUAAAAAUCAACUAGAUUAUUAAACUUUCAUUGAUUCAAUAACAAAACCCAUUUCCUAUAUACUGUAAAAUACAGUACUAUAAUUUAUAUUUAAGGUCAUUGCAGUAUCAUUACCUUUGAUAAACUAUGAGUUGUAGAAGUUGUAUGAUGGCAGAGGAAGGUGAUUCAAGUGGCCAGUGUUUAACACAGCCAUGGUAUUUAUCUAAGGGAUUUUACUAUAAUACAGACACACAAUACCUGUGCUCAGCAAGUAUCAUUGUUAAUACAGAAGCUUGUGUACUGUUUAUAUACCUGUGCUAUAUAUAAACUGUUUAUAUUAGAAUGUAUGCUGUAUACUGAUAUAGAUGUGUGUGUGUGUGUGUAUAUAUUUGAAUGUGCAUACAUAUGAAUACAUACACAUAUUGUAUAUGUAUAUAGAUUGUUUUCUCAUGAACAGUUAUUGUAUUUUCAUGUACUUGUGCAUAUACAAGCUCUAGUUCCAAUCUUAAAUGUGCAUGAAAGAAUUACAACUUUAUAAAUGUAAUUUUCUGUAUUUCUCCAGUCAGGAUAGUCAAAAAAGAGCUGGUAAGCUUCAAUAUGGUUAUCUUUGAUGCUUUCAGAUGUAAGUUUAAAUAGAAUUGUUUACUGAUAUAAGUUUAAAUGUUUGGCAUGGCUUAUAAAAUACUUAAUUUCUGUGAUUUUAUUUAAACUUCCAUUGAUUUACUGAACUAUGAUAUGUAUUGGUGGCUCAAAUGGAUUAUUAUGAGAUCAUGCUUAUAUAAUUGUGUUACAGUUUUAAUGAACUUUAAAAACUG